UUCUUCAAUUCUUCAUCUUCUUGACUACUUCUUCUUCAGUUCUUGUGUUAUUCAUAUAUUAUCUUCAAGCUAGGUUUUUGUAUCGUUGUGAAAAUGUCUUGCUGCGGAGGAAACUGUGGCUGCGGCUCUGCCUGCAAGUGCGGCAGCGACUGCGGCGGGUGUAAGAUGUACCCUGACCUGAGCUCUUCUUCGGAGACCGCCAAAACCACGCCUCAGACCCUUGUUCAAGGCGUUGCGUCCCAGAAAAAGGAGAGUGAGGGAUGUGUGAUGGGAGCUAAGGAGGGAUGCCAUUGCGGGCCAACUUGCCAAUGCGACCCCUGCACCUGCAACUAACACAAAGGGCGGAGAAUUAAGAGUGAGUGAAGAUCAGAGGAUAUAUUCCGCAUAUCCGUUCCCAUAGUUAGCUAGCUAGCCUGGAAUAAGAGUAGUGGUGUAUGUAUGUUUGUUCUUUUUGACUUAUAUUAUUAUGAGUUAGGUUGAUCUCAGAGUCUCUGCUUCUAUAUGUACUUAUCAAGUUAUCGCCCAUAAAUAAAUGUUUAAUUUUAAAA